AAACAUGUCUCCAAGUCUGCUCUUUCGCAUGGCGAAAACCGGAGCUCUGAACAAAAUAUUUUCAUUUUAUUUUCAUUUUUCCGAGAACAGGGUCCAUUUGGACCCUGGUUGGUAGUACGAGGGUUAAAGUUUUAAUUUUAAAUUCUUCCGCUAUAUGCUUCUUCUUUUUUUUUAAACAUUUUUCUCAGGUGUCAAGGAAUGUGUAUUACCAGAGCCAACCGACAUACAAGGAGAUGAAAUUGAAAAUUUCCAUCCAUUAAAGCCAGCUGUUGGAAAAACGUAUUUAGCUUGUAUUCAUAAUGAUGUGUCUCAUAUCGAAAAACUUAUUGAACUAGAAGAAAAUGAUCUAGAUGAAAUAAUCCAAAAAGCAAAUGAAAGACGACGAUCAUCAUUAUGCUAA